UAUCCACUGAAGCAACAGGUCAAAGAUGGGCAGAGUUUGGAAGAGAAGGUUAGUAGUUAGAGUUGGCAGAAGGCCCUGAGUCGGCUUAAAGCAUCUGUACGGUGUGAGUUGCUUUUACAUACAACUCAUGGAUCCAUACCUUCCAUCUCAAGCCUGAUCUGGAGCCGAAGAAGAGCUCAUACAAGCGGAUCGAUUCUCAUGGAUCCAUACCUUCCAUUCUCAAGCCUGACCAUGGAGCUGAAGAAGAGCGGAACCUCCCAAGACUUGGCAGUGGAAAGAGAGUGCUUUCGAUAGCUUUGCUUCCUAUUCGGAUACUGACUUAAUUAAAGGGUGGUUUGCGAGAGCGGUUGCCGUAGAGGUUUCCAAAGUGGAAGUGGUAGUCGAAGCCAGGCAAAACCUCCCAAGAUUUAGCAGCGAAGAGUAAGAUUGGUUUGAAAUCAGGUGAUGUUGGAUUCAGUAACUGAUGAGUCAAAGAGAGGCAGAGUGGAAGAGAAGGUUUGAUAUAGUAGUUGGAGUUGGAAGAGGAAAGGCCCUGAGUUUGCUUAAAUGAUCAUCCGUGGACUGCAAGUUGCUCCUAGAUAGAAGCGGAUCGAUUCUCGUGGAUCCAUACCUUCCCUCUCAAGCCUGAUCAUGGAGCCGAAGAAGAGCGAAACCUCCCAAGACUUAGCAGGGAAGAGUGAGAUUGGUUUGAAAUCAGGACCCUUGGCAGGGAAGAGUGAGAUUGGUUUGAAAUCAGGACACUUGACAGGGAAGAGUGAGAUUGGUUUCUUGGCAGGGAAGAGUAAGAAUAUUGGUACCUUUGAGAUUGCUUCGAAACCAGAAGCCUUCACAAGGACUGUGUUUCGUUUGACAGGGAUGGCUAGGCCUAAAAUCAUAGCCGAACUUGAGGAAUUGAACAGGAAGAAGGAUGUUGUGUGCCUUAUUUUAUCAUAUCCUCCUUUCAACUCCCGGAACAUUGAAACACACAGAGGCUGGAUUCGAGAUGUUUUGGAGAUUACUCACGAAGUAAGAAAAAAAAAUUACGAAGUGAGUGUUUCAGACCUCUUCAUGAAGUACGAUGUGAGUGUUUCAGACCUCUCUUCUAAAAUCACUGGAUUGCUUCAUCAUUCCAUCCAUGAUAUCGAAGCUCAUGUUCCAUCACACAUCCUUGUGGAGAUGUGUGAGGAGGAGUCUCCACGAUAUCCAACACCGAAGAUGGCAAUGCUGGAUUUGUGUAUUGAUGAUUUUAUGAUUCGCCAAAUUUUACAAAAUAUACAAAUUUCCGAAAUUCGGAGUAUUUUGAUUUCAGAAGUAAAUGAUAAAACCUUUCCGCGCAGACUGAAGAAUCUUCCACCAAUAAGGCAAAUGUUUGAUCUCGUCAUUCAAGUUAAUGUCAAGUCUUGUAUGACAGUUAAACAUUUGGAGGAUAGAAUCAUAGAAGAAUUGGGUUUCUCAAAAUCUAGCAAAGGGGAAGCAGAGCAAUUAUUGAGAAGUCAAAAUUUCUUAAUCCUUCUUGAUGACUUCCAUGCACUGAGAAUAAAUUUGCAUGACCUGGGGAAUGGGUGGUGGAACUCAGACAACACUCAAAAGAUAGUUCUGAUGGGCUAUUCUAAUUUUCUAACCGUGCCAGUGGCGGAUCUGGAGAUUAGGCGGAACCAUCAUCUAUUAUCAUGGAAAUUAUUUUGUGAGAAUGCUGGUGAAGUUAUGUCGAGUAUCCAACAACUAGCUGUGCAUCUGUUGAGACAAUGCUCGGGUCAUUUACUAGCCACUGUUCUACUGGCAAGAGCCUUAAAAGAUGUCAAGAAUGUUCGCAUCUGGCUGCAUGCAUCUCGGGUAAUAGGCUGUCUACCAACAUCACACGCUGAAGAUAGAAUUUUGUUUAAUGCAUUAGCGUUCGUUCUGGAGCAUUUAGGUUCUACAAAUAAAUGUGUAAAAUAUUGUGCAUCUCACCUAGAGAUGGAAGGGAACAUACAAAGUGGAUUUGCUUGAUAGCUGGAUGAAGGAAGACUUAAUCGAAACACUCGAUGAAGGAGAAAAGAUUGUUCAACAUCUUGUCAAUGCCCUCUUGUUGGAAAGCUUUCAAAAUGGAGAGUCAAUCCGAAUGCGAAAAGAAAUUCGUAAGGAGUUAGUGAAUUUUUAUGAAGCUGAAAUGAAUCCAAUACUACUUGUUGAAUUAGAUGGAAGAGGACUCAUGGAGGCACCAAAAAAUGAGACAUGGGAGGAAGCUAAUGAGAUGCAUUUGAUGAAUAAUAAAAUAUCCAAGCUAUUGGAUAAUCCGAAUUGCCCUAAACUCAUCGCAUUGUUCUUACAAGGUAACCAUCAUCUGAGAGUUAUUUCUCCAUCUUUUUUCCAAUGCAUGCCUAUCCUCCAAAUCCUAGACUUAUCCCAAACUAAAAUAAAAUCUUUACCACAAUCUCUUUUUAAGUUGGUUCAACUCCGAAAAUUCAUUUUAAGAAGCUGUGAACUAUUCUCGGAGUUGCCAGCUGAAGUUGGAGAAUUCUGUCAUCUUGAGGUACUUGAUCUUGAAGGGACUGAAAUCAUAAAUUUACCUGUUGCUAUUGGGAAACUGACAAAUUUGACAUGCUUGAAAGUGUCAUUUUAUCCCCAAGCUAAUGGCAAUAGAAAAAACAAUCUGUCUAAUAGAAUCAUUCCCCAAAAUGUGAUAUCCAGCUUGCUUCAAUUAGAAGAGUUAAGCAUAGAUGUGAAUCCAGAGGAUGAGAGGUGGAAUGCGACCAUUAAAGAUAUUGUAGAGGAAGUUUGUUGCUUAAAUCGGUUGCAUUUUCUUAAACUUCACUUGCCAGAAGUUUUUCUUUUGAAGGAUUUGAGAAAUGGAUCAUCAUUGAUAAACCUGUCACGGAUGCACUUUAGAUUUAUUGUUGGCAAUCAUCUGAAGCGCAUAAUAUCCCGGUUACCACAUAAAUCUGCAAUUAAAUUUGAAGAACAAGAAAGUUGUUUGAAGUAUGUGAACGGUAAAGGCAUUCCAAUUGAAAUUAAGGAGGUACUCCAACAUGCUACUACAUUUUUCCUGGAUCGUCAUUUAAAUGCAACCAGUUUGUCUGAAUUUGGGAUUGAAAAUAUGAAGAAUUUAAAAUGUUGUGUAUUACAGGAAUGUAGUGAGAUUGAAACCAUUGUUGAUGCAAAUUAUCCUGGUAACGAUAUUAUACUUGAAUCACUAGAGUACUUGAGUCUUCAUUAUAUGAAGAACUUAAGGAGCAUCUGGAAAGGUCCACAUAGUUGGUUGAGUUCUCUAGGCUUUCUAAAAGUUUUGGCAUUGUAUUCCUGCCCCAAUUUGACUAACAUUUUUACUUUGGAUUUGGUUGAAAGGCUUGACAACUUAGAGGAGCUUGUGGUUGAAGACUGCCCGGAAAUCAACACCAUAAUGUUGCCUGCUGAUCAACAAAAUUGGAGGAAAAGGUACCUACCAAAUUUGGAGAAGAUAUCACUUCAUUACUUGCCUAAAUUGGUCAGCAUUUUCGGAAAUGUACCGAUUGCACCAAGCUUGGAAUGGCUAAGCUUCUAUGAUUGCCCGAGCCUCAAAAUUCUCUUCCCGGAGGAAGUUAGCAGUCAUAAUUUACAGGCGAUAAUAGGGGAGGCAGACUGGUGGAGUGCAUUGAAUGAAUCAGAACGAUUUCAGCUACAAAAUCUGGGUGCUAUCUUUUUUCCAAUUGAAAGGGACAUAGAUUUGAGGACACAGUUAGCAGAAAUCAAUGAUCAACUUCAAGCUCAGAUGCAAGAAACAGAGCCCUCUGAACAGUCAGGUCUUGAUGACUCCCUGGAGAACCCUGCAGUUGAGGUCGAAACAAGCUCAAAGCAGAAGCAAGUUGCUUAGUUGCACAUAUGCAGUACUAGCUAAGCUAGAGCUACUAUGGAACUGCUGCUCCUUUUAGCUAAAAAAAAGAAAGGGUUGAUACAUGGGUAUCUUUUCAUGAAGUGGCCACUCUCAGAACUCCAUCGUUUUCUCAUUCAAGCUCCCUGAAUGUGAACAGAUUAAGGCAUCUAGUUUGGUAUUUUCUGGACAGCUGCCGAUUGUCUUAUUGAUUGUUGUUUGUUUAGUUAUUUCAUGUUGUGCUUGGUUGUGGAGAAAAGGAAACUCAGAACCUUACUUCUCUAAUCUCUUUCAAUAAAUUGUGAUGUGGACUUGUUUAUGCUUUUGAAUCCGGUAUUCAAAAACAACAUCCUUCAUUUUGUUUGUAUUGCAGUGACAAUCAGUUUUAUAUAAUGUACCCUUGUUUAAGCAA